AUGAAUCUCUUUAAUUGGAAUUGCCGUGGGCUUGGGAACCCGUGGACAGUUCAAUUCCUAAAAGAGAUUGUUUCUCAAAAGAGGCCCGACUUUAUUUUUCUGUGUGAGACUAAGUGUGCCAAUAGUAGGGUGGAUUGGGUUGGUCGUUAUUUGGGCUUUGAUGGGGCUUUUGGUGUGGAGGCCCAAGGAAGGGGUGGUGGCUUAGCCUUUUUUUGGAAAAAUCAAGCUGAUGGUUACAUAUAUGGUUUUUCUCAAAAUCAUAUUGAUUUUAUUGUUACAAAUGGAAACCAAGAUAGUUGGAGAAUCACUGGCAUGUAUGGAGAACCUCGUAGGCACCUUCGAUGGCAAACCUGGAACUUGAUCCGUGAGCUCAAAACACGGAUAGAUUAUCCUUGGUGUAUCAUUGGCGAUUUGAACAACAUAGUGAGUCAAGAGGAUAAACAUGGUGGAAAUAGGUAUCCAAGGAAUCUUAUUGAAGGUUUUUUACAAGUUUUGAGUGAUUGUGAUUUAAUUGAUAUGGAAAUUGUUGGCCAUCCUUAUACCUGGGAAAAGAAUAGGGGAGGUAGUAACUGGAUUGAGGUGCGGCUUGAUAGGGUCUUGAUCAGUUCUAGCUGGUUUCAAAAAUUUUCGAAUGCCAAAUUGUACAACCUGCAUCACUCUACUUCAGAUCACAGUCCCAUCUUUUUGGAACCUGAAGCUCCGGUUCAAAGGGGAGGCAUCCGUAGUUUCAAAUUCGAGAAUGCUUGGCUCAAAGAACCAUUGUGUUAUGAAAUCAUUCAAGGUUGUUGGGAGGAGAACAAUGACAAAGAUAUCUGGUUUAAGCAGAAACUUUGUACCGAAAAGCUUGAGGAAUGGGGAAAAACUAUUACAGGUAACUUUAAAACAAGAAUUAAUGCGUGCAAGAGAGACCUUGAUUUGUUGAAGAAUAAGAGGGACAAUGCUUCGGUUCAGAGAUACAGAGAAGUGAAGAAACAGUUGCUGAAUGUUAUUGAUCAAAAAGAGACCUUUUGGAAACAAAGGGCGAAGCAAUUUUGGCUCAAGGAAGGAGACCAAAACACUAAGUUUUUUCAUGCGGCUGCCAGUACGAGACGAAGGACCAACACCAUACACCACUUGAAGAAUGAAUACGGUGUAGAUGUCACUUGGAAUUCGGGAUUGGAAGGUGUUGUAACUGACUAUUUCACCAAUUUAUUCAGCUCUUCCUCAACAUCCCCCCAGGCCGUGAUUGAUUGUGUGGAAAAAAUGGUUACUCUUGUGAUGAAUGGCUCGUUUCUUCUUGCUGUUUCUGAAGAGGAGGUGCGAAGUGCUGUAUUUGGAAUGCAUCCUGACAAAAGCCCCUGUCCCGAUGGUUUGACACCAGCGUUUUAUCAGAAGAAUUGGGUUGUUCUUGGAUCGGAUGUUGUAAGGUUAGUUCAGCGUUUUUUCACAAGUGGUUAA